GGGCGUGUUUCUCUCGGUCCAGCAGUCUCCACUCUUGUGUGGAGUUCAGAGCGAGAAAAACGCAUUUCUUCUGGUGCGACCGCAGUGCGCAAAGGUGGGAGCUCUCUGACUCUGACGCGCACACCAUCUCUCCGGCUCCGGCGCUUACUGACAGGGGGGGGGGGGGGUUAAAAAAAGAGCUCCUAACCAUCAUCCAGCCAUGGACGCAUCUAGAGCCACUGUAAUACAUCUGGGCCUGCUCCUUGUUUUGUUUGGGAAUAUACCGUGCUUCCAGCCUGCUGCUAUCAUCUCCCCCUCUGCACCUAGGAGGAACAGGGAAGCCAAGAUCUCUCAUCCAUACGGACAAAGGUCAUUCAAGCCUUUCAAAGACAUCAUCGCGUCCUCGCACCCUGCAUCGGGACAUCACAAAGAAGAAGUCCCAAAGGACGCUGUUGUCCCGCACGAGUACAUGCUCUCCAUAUACAGGACGUACUCGGCGGCGGAGAAACUCGGGCUAAACGCGAGCUUUUUCCGCUCCUCAAAGUCUGCCAACACCAUAACGAGUUUUGUUGACAAAGGAACAGACAAUCCUUUGCACUCUCCUUUGAGAAGACAGAAGUAUCUGUUUGAUGUCUCAACCCUUUCAGAAAAAGAGGAGCUGGUCGGAGCGGAAUUAAGGAUAUUUAGAAAAGCCUUGGGGGGCCCGCAGACGGCGGGACCGUUCCACAUCCAGCUCUACUCGUGUCGCUCCAACACACUGCUGGACUCCCGGUCUCUGGACCUCUUGGACUCUACUAAAGCCGGCUGGGAGGUUUUGGACGUGUGGAACGCGUUUCAGACGCAGCACCAGCAGAGAAACCAGCUCUGCUUCCAGCUCCGGGCCACUCUCAACAAAUCCGACAUCGAGGUGGACCUGAGGCGGCUGGGUUUGGAGAGGAGCGGCCGCGGCCAGCAGGAGAAGGCCAUCUUGGUGGCUUACACCCGCUCCAAGAAGAGGGAGAACCUGUUCAACGAGAUGAAGGAGAAGAUCAAGUCGCGGAGGUCGGCUGAGGAGAAGCCGAUGAAGGGGGGGAAAGGAGAGGGGCCCCGGCGGCGCAGGAGGACAGCGCCGAGCAACCGGCACGGGAAGAGGCACGGUAAGAAGUCCAAGUACAGAUGCAGCAAAAAAGCUCUGCAUGUGAACUUCAAGGAGCUGGGCUGGGACGACUGGAUCAUCGCGCCCCUGGACUACGAAGCCUACCACUGCGAGGGCGUGUGCGACUUCCCGCUGAGGUCGCACCUGGAGCCCACCAACCACGCCAUCAUCCAGACCCUGAUGAACUCCAUGGACCCCAACAGCACCCCGCCCAGCUGCUGUGUGCCCACUAAACUCAGCCCCAUCAGCAUCCUGUUUACAGACUCGGGCAACAACGUGGUGUACAAGCAGUACGAGGAGAUGGUAGUGGAACAGUGUGGCUGCAGGUAGCGGCCACUAUUCAUUUAGCAUCUUGAUAAAACAAAUGAAAAACAAAUAUUUGUUUAAACUGAAGUCCUGAUGGAUCCUGGACUGAAAACAUCACCUGCUCACAGGGCCUGAAGCAUUUAAUCCAAAAGGGAUUCGCUUAUAGGAGCCCCAACCCCCGCCCCAUCUUAUUUAUUCAGACUGAUUAACACUAAAAGCGUCCAGUACAUUUAUUCUCAUCCAUGCAAAGUCCUAAAACGUAUCAGGCGGAGUGACCAGGCCGUUUGGCACAAAGCAGCGAAAGGACAUGGCGUGCGCUCAGGCUGCAGGCCACAGAGGAGCCUGCUUAUCAGGGAGCGCGCACCUGACCAGCGAGAAUCCGGCCAGCCAGCAGACGCUGGACUUGUUUGGGGUGGGCCCAUGAGCAUCCAUAUCCACCCUGUCCAACUUGAACUAUAUUUGGUCAAAGCAUCCUCUGAUCCGGGAUG